CCCCCCCCGAUUUCUUCCCUCUUACAUGACAAAGCACUCUGUAGCCUACUUUGAGCAUGGAAAACCGCUCCUCCGACCAGGGCUGUGAGCUGUAAAUUCAACACUGAGAAGAUCUGCGAUUGGCUGGGAGAUGGCAGAUAUACUGGAGCUGCGGACAGAUGGAAACUCACUCCUGAAGGCAGUGUGGCUCAGACGCUUGAGACUCACCCGGCUCCUGCUGGAAGGAGGUGCAUACAUCAACGAGAGCAAUGAACGUGGAGAGACACCGCUCAUGGUGGCCUGCAUGUCCACACACACUGACCAGCAAAGCGUAAGCAAGUUGAAGCUGGUGAAAUAUUUGCUGGACAACCAGGCAGACCCCAACAUACAGGACAAAACAGGUAGGACGGCUCUAAUGCACGCCUGCAUCCACAAGACUGGACACGAGGUGGUGGAUCACCUGCUGAGCAACGGAGCUGAUCCCAGUCUGGAGGACAGGAGCGGGGCCUCAGCCCUGGUCUAUGCCAUCAAUGCAGAUGAUAAGGAGACACUAAAACUGCUCCUGGAUGCAUGCAAAGCUAAAGGCAAGGAGGUCAUCAUAAUCACCACAGACAAGUCGCCCUCUGGUACUAAAACUACCAAACAGUACCUAAAUGUCCCCCCAUCGCCAGAGCUGGAUGAGAGGUCCUGCCCGGCAUACUGCACCUCUCCCUCUGAUAUUGACAUUACUGCAUCUCCCACACCUGAGCAAGAGCAACAAAACACAGUCUUCAGUUUCCAGACAAAGCUGAAAACCUCUAGUUCAGCAGCGAAGCUUGCCAACGGGCCCACAUCUCCAACACGGCGGCCCGCAAACCCAAAACGUGCACGUUUGCCUCAGCUGAAGAGGCUGCAGUCAGAGCCUUGGGGGCUGAUUGCUCCCUCUGUCCUGGCUGCAGCCGCCGCCCAUGAGGAGAGUAAGAAAGCCAGCUCUGAUGAGGAUGUUGUUGCAGGGGUAAACGGACUCUCUCUGGGUAAGAGAUCGGCUUUAUCUCGGCAGAAUAGUGUGGAUGGGAAGGACAGCUUAUUCCCACUAGUAGGUGAACAGCCCUGCAAAAUGACAACCUCACUAUCAGUUCCUCCAGUGUCUAAAGCAUCAUAUGAGAGAUCUCUAGGCCAGCACCAGCCGCUGGCACGGCGCAGCACUGUUCCCACAGAGCAGGAGAGCAGCAGCUGCAGCAGUGGACUAGCCAGUCUGAGAGACACAAUGCAUAGGAGACGUCUGGGGAACGAUCACUAUGACUCAGACUCACAGCUCUACACGGACUCUGCGAUGUUAGACUCUCCUAAGGUCCCAGUGGAGCGAAGAAAACUGAACACUUCCCCACUAGCGAUACUGACCAGCUCCAGAGAAUCUCUAGACAGCAAUGCCAGCACAUCCUCUCCCAGCACAGCACGCAGGCGAGCGCCUGGCCUCCUGGAGAGGAGAGGAUCGGGCACGCUGCUGCUGGACCACAUCUCCCACACCAGGCCCGGUCACCUGCCCCCUCUCAAUGUAAACCCCAAUCCUCCCAUCCCUGAUAUCGGGGCUAGUAGCAAGCCCUCCUCACCUCUGGCCACAGCUAUUAGAGCUAUAGCUCCAGUAGCACCAAACACACCAAAGAGAGGUGGCCUCAAGUCUAAGAAGAAGCUUGUGAGAAGGCACUCUAUGCAAGUGGAACAGAUGAAACAGCUUUCUGAUUUUGAAGAGCUGGCUCAUUAGUAAGUGAUCGUGUUUAUGCAGCACAUUUUGUUGGAGUAGAAAUGUUAACACCAUAUAUUGCCAGGAAGUACUAUACAUCCAUAUGGUCAGUU